UUUUAUAACAGAUCAUUACAUGUCAUCGAAUAGCAGCGAGAAAUGAUGAAUACGAUGGAUGGAAUAACCAGCUUAAACUCAUAAUUCCAAAUGGAACAGUCCUGUUUCAUGUGUGUUGUUCAAAUGAAUAAGUGGCAAGAAUUUUAGUUUUUAACUCGAUAUUUGAGUUUGGAGCUUUAGUUGAAAUCAGAACAGAACGUGAGAAGAGAAGCUGAAAGUUCGGAAUCGCGUUUUUUUCAGAUGGAGCAGCGGUUUCUCAUAGCUUCCAAUCUAAAGUCAGACGGUUUCUACAACCUUCAAAACGGCUUAUUUUUUCUUAAGUUACGACAGAAUUUAAAAUGGGAAAUAUAUGUGCUUGCGGUGAAUCUUUCUGAAACUUUUAAAAUACUUACAGAGGUUAUCCUUUGGAAACACUACAUAAAAGUUUGGAAAAACUUUGAUAACUUUAUUCCUAAUAAAUGGAGCCAAAUGUGAAGGGCUUAGUAAAGCUUCUGAAAAAAUGCCUUCAAGAAAAACGAUGUGUGAGUAUGCCCAGUGUGUCUCUUACGUCAUCCUCCAAUAAUUCCCUCCAUCGGUCGAGGUUCCUCCGUCUGCAGGACAGACGAUUCCGCCAAAGGUUUCCUGAAGUACCUCAAGAUGAGAAACUUCUUAAUUACUUUUCCUGCGCCCUUGUAUCGGAUAUACUCCUUCAAGGUCAUCUAUUCAUCACUAAAAACUUUUUUGCCUUCUAUUCUAACAUUUUCGGCCAUAAAACACAGAUCUUGAUAUCUGUUGCCGACGUGGUAAAAGUUACCAAAGAGAAAAUAGCCAAAAUCAUUCCAAAUGCAGUUGGAGUAUACACCGACUCAGAUAAAUUUAUUUUUGGAUCGAUGCUGUCCAGAGACUCAGCAUUCCGAGUUAUACAACAGACAUGGAUACAGUCAACAGAUGCAGGAGUCGGUUUGCCUGAUGAUAGUGAUAGCGAAGUUUCUCCUGCCAUCAUGCUGUUGGCAGACGAGGAAUCUUCAGUUAGCAGCAGCGUUUCCGGUCAUAUGAUAUCAGACGAUGCACCGGUAUCAACGUCCGAUAUUACCACGCAGGACGUGGUAACUUCGUCAAGUCCUCAACUGGUGGAACCUCACUCAUUUCCUCAGAAGAAAAUCAUACCACCACUCACACAGCACAUCACUCCUUCCAGCUGUAGCUUUUCUCUUGCAAAAGGUUAUAUAGUGAAAGUAGAUGAAAUUAUAAAAGAACUAUCACAGUUAUCAAGAACAUCACUGCUAUUUCUGAUGUCUACAAUUCUACUCUUUCUUCUGUUCAUUUCAACCACUGUUCUUUUGUAUAGGAUACAUUUGCUUCACCAAAAACUUUUAGCCAAAGAUGACUUUUACACAGGCAGCAUUCCAAAUUUUGGAGAAGUAUCUGACGUUCUCAAGCCAGAUUUCUCAAGUGUAGUCGAAAACUUAGAAGAAAGAAUACACAGUUUAUCAGAGGUACGAUCAACAUUAGAAAAAAUAAUAGCUCUAGCGGACAAAUUACAAGUGCCUAGACCAUCCAUUCCUCAACAUGUAACAUGAAAAAAAAAAUUUUUUUUCAACCGAGAAUGGUGACUGCGAGUACAAACUGGGUUUUGCUAUGCUUUGGGUGGACUUUUAGAUGGCAAUAUCGAGAGCUAGAGGGAAAGAAAAAAUCCUAAUGUACAUAAAAGAAAAUAUUUCAGGAAUGAGAAUGCAGAGAUGACUGAACCACUGCACAUCCUCUUUCAUCUGUAAGGAUGCAGCAUUUAUCUACACCACUGACAAGCAGGACUUACAAGUGGAAGUAUUUCAGUGCUGAUUUGCCUUAAGAGUAUUUUUAUGUUUGAAUAUCUGAAAGCAUUAAUUUAAUGAAAGAAAGAAUGUCCAAUAAAGGGAAAUAAUUUAAACAAAUUUCAUAAAUCUUGUUACAGGAAACAGAAACUGUCUCAGAUUUAAUUUCUAUAUUGUAUUUGAAACCUAGAUUUACAGCUGUGAAGAAAUAUUUGAUAUAAAAUCCAUGACGCAAAAAGAAGUUUAGAAAAAAUAUAUGCAUAAAUAUUUUCAUA